AUGCCGAAGCGGUCUCUUGAAGCCCUCGAGGACUACCCAGAUACUACGCUCAUUAAAUCGACACUUAAGGAUACCUGGUCCAGGUUUCACGAAUGGAAUUUGGAAGAUUCUCGGAAAACCAUAGAAUCUCUACGUGCCCCAGUUGCACGUCGACGGAACCAUACCCUUCUCGAUGAUAAUUACCCAGCGAAUAGCACAACAAAACUCAACGAAUCGGCCGAGGACACCGUUUCUGUGUUCCAGUUUGACGAGGAAGGUGCAAUAGUCACUGUCUCUCGGACGACCUUCCAGACAGUGAGAGUUCAGGGGUUGCCGGAAUCUUUGAUAACCCCAGCGUACGAAUCGGGCCCUCCAAUUUCACGGAAUAUCAUGGUCGGCGAUGACCCCAGUACAUUACCAUUCCUUCCUUUCGCAGACGAUGCUGGUUUCAACUGGGCGGAUUAUGCUGGUCAGCACGACGCGCAAUGCGCCUGGCAUUACCCGCGGUAUAUGAUCGAUCCAGGAGAGGCUUUCAUGGUCGUUCAAACGGUCCGAAAACUUGUCGAGAGACAUGGGCUAACUGCAGAAGAAAUCGAGAGCGCGGGUGUAUUACCUGCGCCCUUGUUAGAUUCCAACUGGCGACGGGGAAUCUUGUAUCAGGAUAGUCUUGUCGACUGGUUUCAGAAGUUUGAAAGCGGCAUUGCAGAAAGAAACGCUAUACUUCUUCCUCGAGCUCUCCUUGCAGUAAAUCGCCUCAACGCUGCAACAGAUGUCAACCUCGGGCUGAGCCUGUUCUGCAACGGCUUAAAUUGCCUCGUCUCGUGUUGCACUACUCAUUUUGACGAAUCACCUGCGCCUCUAGCCACCGCACCCACUGUCACCAGCUCACAGAUUCUUGACAACACUGUUCAACCAUGUGAUCGCCAGUGUUUUCUUUUUUAUCCGCCAUGCUUACCUACCAAUUGGACCACAGAAGAGCUCGAAACACUCCAGGUCGUCGUUCGGUUUUCUCCCGACACCUCUCCAUGUGACCUGGCCGUUAUCUGCAAUAAACCAUGUUUCGAAUCAGGCAUCCAGAUGGCGACGAAAGAUGAUCGACGACAAAGACGUUGGCCAGCGUUUACCGUUGCAACAACAGCGAAUUACACGUUCCUCUUCGUUGAUAUUUCGAGGUCCGUUGACCUUGCGUUCCCCACAACUUCCACUCAAUCUUCUAUCCAGAUGACGAUUUCAAGGAGUACACACGGAACCCACCUUGCUCUCAUGACGGACCUUGUACUGAACAAACCGGAUGUGCUUGUUUCCUUAACAAUGCUCAUUGUGAACACGCUUGUCGUUGUGAUCGUUCAUGUCCACGCAGAUGGAAAGGGUGUAAGUGUCACAGGGCAGGACAAGGACGAAACGUCUGCGGGACAAUUGCUUGUCCCUGUUUUAAAGUUCGAAGGGAGUGCGAUCCGGAAUUGUGCAAUAGAUGCAAGGCGAGAGGUGACAUUUACUAGUUUACGAAACUUCAAAUCUUGUAAAUUAACUCUUCGCUCCCCCAAGACUCCAAUUCCACCCGAUGCAAGAACGUCUCUAUCCAACGAGGCUCGAAGAAGACAGUCGAGGUGA